AUGUGCAACGAUUUCCAGGCACUUGGGCACUGGUGGAAAGUCAAUCUCCAGAAGUUGCGCACGGAUAUUGUCAGAUGUCCAGUAAAGACUCAGCACUUUGAGGCCGCUUUUACUGCUGACUGCCUAGACCUGAAUACCACUAGCAGCGCCGACCAGUCGCAACCCUCGAGUCUCGAACGAAUUGCGAAACGAUUUGAACCUGUACCGGAUCUGCUGCAUCCGGCACCACAAAUGACUGUACCACCACCACCUGUGUUCCCAAACCUUCCAACACCUCAGACUACACCACAAACCAAUCUCAACUGCUGGACACCCAAGUCAAAUGAUCAACUAAGCAGACCGAGUAUGCGAUGUCGUGCAUCAACAUCAGCGUUAGGCAGUGCCUUUCGCAAGCAUUGUCCUAUGGCUAAUUUGGAGCGGUGUCCGCCUCCUAAACCUCGCUCCUCUGAACAGGAAUCAAGAUCAUGUAUCCUUCCUCCAGUCAUGCCUCAUGCGAUUCCGUCUACCGUCUCGGUGACAUCCUCUCCAGAGAGCAUCGUGUCAGAUGCAGCUUCGUGCGCUCCACGAUCACGGUCUUCGUCGAUUUCUUCCACAGCCUCGUGGAUGACGAACCUGCCUGCCGCAAUCGACGUCAUAGGAGGGUCAAAAGACGGUUACAUAGUCAGCCAUGAGUUACAACGCGCCAUGUUGCAGUACACCAAUCAGCGACCACGGCGCCCGCCGAUUUCUCGACUACAGAAUCCGUGUUCGCAAUUGGUGGAUCCUGCACCGACCGUUCUGGGCGGGCCACAGGUUGUGCCGGUUCUACCAGACCACAAACGCGGUGAACAUCCUUUUCGCGAGCAUGUUCUAGACGAAGGAUACGCUAGUGCUGACGAAGCAAAGAAACAUGGGACGGUGGAAGUACUGGCAGGUCUAUAUAUUGACACGAGUACUGUCGAUGAGGGUGUCGUCUUCUCGCGGGCGAUACCGAAACCAGCUUUGGGACGUUCGAAGACUCAUGUCGUCAAUACAGCGCGUCAGGAGCAGGUUCCCAGAACUCAGCUAAUGAAAAGGACCCAUUCCGAGUCCACUGAUUUUGCUGAUCCUGCUCAACACGUCGCAGCUUUUACAGCUUCAGGCAAUACGGGGAAGGUCGACUACUCGACCUGUUUCAUUCCAAGAGCAUAUCUGAACACUCUCACCGAAAAUGAAGAAAUACUACAACCUACUCAGUGUUGGGCAGAGCCAAGGAAGCCUGUCCAAGCACGCACGCAAGGCAAACGGAUGUGCUUGUCAGGGAUGGACACUAUCCAUGGAGUAUGCUAG